ACCUGCCAGAAGCAACAGGAAGAAAUAAACCAACAUUUCUGUGAUCUCUGAGCCUUUAGGGCACGGAGGGCAAGGAAUGACCCAAGGUCAAAGUCACUGAUAAAAGCCUCCCUCGACGACUUCUGCCGCCAUCCAUCUCCCUGCCGCUAUCCAGCUCCUCCCCUCAGCGCUCCCUGAGCUCCUCAGCAUUCAGCAUCCCACACAGAUUAACCAGCGCUCUCCAGCGACGGCGCCGCACCGGGACUGCUCCCGCUCCACGCCUGGCGGAUCCUGCAACACGCCGAGGCAGCAGCUUCCCUCCUGCCUGCGACAGCGACAGACACAGCUCUGCUGAGACCACAUGGCCACUGCGGGAAAAGUUAUCAGGUGCAGGGCUGCUGUUGCCUGGGCCCCGGGCAAACCACUCUCUCUCGAGGAGGUGGAAGUUGCACCCCCAAAGGCAGGGGAAGUCCGCAUCAAGAUUGUGGCCACAAGCAUCUGUCUCUCAGAUGAUCACGUUUUGAAAGGUUCCUUGCCUAAUGUGGAAUUCCCUGUUAUACCAGGCCAUGAAGGAGCUGGGAUUGUGGAAAGCAUUGGAGAAGGAGUGACCUCCGUGAAACCGGGAGACAAAGUGAUCCCCCUUUGCAUCCCUCAGUGUGGGGAAUGCAGCUUCUGCCGGAAUCCUGAAUCCAACUUCUGCCAGAAGUUCCAUUUCUCUGAAACACAAAACCUGAUGCCAGACAAGACCAGCCGCUUCUCCUGCAAAGGGAAGCAGAUCCACCACUUCCUGUGGGUCAGCACCUUUGCAGAGUACACCGUGGUCCCACAGUAUGCCGUUGCCAAGAUAGAUGCCGCGGCACCUCUGGACAAAGUCUGCUUGUUUGGCUGUGGGUUUUCCACAGGCUAUGGGGCUGCCGUCAACACAGCCAAGGUAAAACCAGGCUCCACCUGUGCCGUCUUUGGCCUCGGAGGAGUUGGCCUCUCGGUUGUCAUGGGCUGCAAGGCAGCUGGAGCUUCCCGCAUCAUUGCCGUGGACAUCAACAAGGACAAGUUUGCCAAGGCCCAGCAGCUGGGAGCCACCGACUGCAUCAACCCUCGAGACUUCAAGAAGCCCAUCCAGGAGGUGCUCACUGAGAUGACCGGGCAGGGCGUGGACUACUCCUUUGAGGUCAUCGGGCACGCGGACACCAUGAUUGCUGCCUUGGCUUCCUGCAAUAUGAGCACUGGCAUCUGUGUGAUGGUUGGGGUACUGGAUUCAGGUUCAAAGAUUUCUAUCGAUCCCACGCUUCUGCUGACUGGACGUACAUGGAAGGGGACUAUGCUUGGAGGCUGGAAGUCAAGAGACUGUAUUCCCAAAUUAGUAUCCAGCUAUUUGGAGAAGAAAUUCAAUUCAGAUUUGCUGAUCACGCACACCCUGCCAUUCGCUAAAGUGAACGAGGGAUUUGAGUUGUUACAUGCAGGAAAAAGUAUCCGCACUGUCCUGCUCUUCUGAAGGACACAGCCCAGGAAGCCGAACACAGGGACCGGCUCAGCAGAUGCUCUCCUGGCUUGGGCCCUUCUCAAGCAGCAUCUCCUUGUGGGGCACAAGCAGAAGAGAAUGAGGAACUCACCUGUGCUGGUGUCACAGCUGCUCCAGCUGUGCCUGGACAAGAUCCAGAAGGAUGUCUCUCCCAAGAAAAUGCUUUUACUAAUAAAGGCUUUUAAACAAA